AUGGGGGUGCAUUUCGGUAACCUGGCGCGGGUGCGGCAUGUCAUCACCUACAGCCUGUCGCCCUUCGAGCAGCGAGCCUUCCCCAACGUCCUCUCGCACGGGCUGCCCAACGCCUGGCGCCGCUUCAGCUCCCAGGUCUUCAAGGUGGUGCCCC